GGUGUUUGUAAGGAGGAGGAGUGGACACCGAGAGGAGGAGACCGGGAAAGAAGGAAGAAGGAGAUAGGGGAACUGGGAGAGGCAGGCAGUAACCGAGAGAGGGAGAGAGAAGGGAGGUCCAGUAAACCGAGGAGGAGUAGGCAGGAAGUAAAGGAAGUCCCCGGUAGAGGAGGGACCUGGAGGAGUGGACAGAACUGGGAGCCAAGAGCCAGAGAGGAAGGGAGGCGUUUACCCUGAGAGGGCGGGAGGAAUGAGGAGAGGAGGUCCUUAGCUCUCCCUGGUAUCUUCCCUUCCUGCCUCCUGCCUUACGAGCCAGAGAGGGAGAGGCUGAGAGAGGCAGGGGGAGAGGCAAACCCAGGCAGAAGCUGAGAGAGCCCUGAGCGUGGCGGAGGCGUGGAGGGAAAGGAGCAACUGGGCGGUGGGCAAGCCAAGCAAGGCCAAGGGUCCGUGGCCAUGGCCUCUAUGGCGGCGGCAAUCGCAGCCUCCCGCACCUCAGUCAUGAAUGGGAAUCGGCCGCUGGACGACAAGGAGCGGAAGCGCUUUACCUACUUCUCCUCGUUGAGCCCCAUGGCCAGGAAGAUCAUGCAAGACAAGGAGAAGAUCCGCGAAAAGUACGGGCCCGAGUGGGAGCGACUGCCCCCCAAACAGCAGGACGAGAUCAUCGACAAGUGCAUGGUCGAGCCCCACAUCCAGGCCCGCUACGCCGCGCACCGCGCUGCGGGGGCCUCGCGGGACCAGCCCCCCUCCUGCUACCCUAACCUGCGGGUGCCCACGGGCCAGAAGGUUGUGCACUUUGGGGACGAGGAUAUAACUUGGCAGGAUGAACACUCUGCCCCUUUCUCCUGGGAAACAAGGAGUCAAAUGGAUUUCAGCAUUGCUUCUUUGUCCAUCCAAGAGCCAAGUGGCACAACCCAGAAUGAACCAAGGCAACUAUCCAAAGUCCCCCAGGGUGCCCAGGCCCCCAAAUCUUCUCAGGGAAACAAAACAUCAAACAUGGAUGUCCUAGGGCCCAUCUGGAAGGAGGAGGAAUCUUCUUUCUGGAAGAUAAAUGCAGAACGCUCCCGAGUGGAAGGACAAGAAUCAGAUUUCCAGUCACUGACCCCUAGUCAGAUCAAGUCCAUGGAGAAGGGGGAAAAGGUGCCCUCAGGCCAUUACCGACAAGAAUCAGUCCCAAAGGACAAGGAGGUGGCCAAAGGAGAAAAACUCAGUGGCUCCUGGCAAGAGAAAUAUACAUUUCCCAACCCGAAUGCUGAGAAAGAAAAAGCCCGGUCUGGCCAGUCAUCAGUCACCUUGCUGGAUGAUGGCUUCCUCUCUGAGCCCAUGACAAAGCUGUCUUAUUCUGGUACCAAAACGGAGGAUGCAGAAGAUACUUUAAUCUCAGAGCCCAAGCCCUCACAGCUCAAUACAAGUAAUGUCAUCUUAAAGACGGGAUUUGAUUUUCUGGACAACUGGUAAAAUGAAAACAAAAUCAAGUACCCCGAAACUUUUUUUUUCCCAAAGCAUUGUGGUGGAGAAGAAGGAUAAAGAAAAAGGCAACUUUUUCCCAGGUGUCUUUCAAUUUUCCUAGCUUUUGUGUGCUUUUUUCUUAAUAAUACAAAACUAUUCAAUGUUGCCUUGUCUAGAUGUUACCAUUUGUUAUAAGAUCAGGCACAUUUUGAUAAUCUUUUUUGGUGUUUGAUAAUGACAGUUUUAAAUUUAAGAUUUUUUAAGGUCUGCUACAAGCUGAUUAAAUAUUGUAGGGGAAUAUUCUAUUUUGAGCUCCACCAGAUUCUGUUCUCCUCACUUCUGUUCCUCUCUUCCCCUUCCCAAAAAAUUUACUUGUGAAUAUUACAUGUAGGAAAACUAAAAAAAAGACUGUCUUCUUCUACAACCUUUUUUUUUAUUUAAGAGAGCAACUCUUUUAUUUACAUAAUGGUUUUCUUGGCUAAAAUGGCUCUGACAUCUCAGUAGCAAUCAUGCCAAGAUGUACCUCUCUUCAAAUAGCUCACCAGAUACUGCCAACCUGUGCAGGUGAUCAAGUCCUCAGUCAACAACUCCUAUGUUGGUACUGGCCUUGAUCCACCUGUCAGACUUAGAAACCAGUGCAUUGGUACAAAUCAAAGAAAAUAAGGUUGAUAUCAUGCUGCCCUAAUACAGAUCAAUACCUUAGGGUUUUUUUUAAGUUGCAUGCUUAAAGUUUUGUAUUAAUCAUGUAUUAUUUCAUAUAUAGCUUAGCAGCUGUCAUUUACUUGAGUUUUGUACCAGUUUCUUCCUUGAAGACCUUUGCUCCUUUUGUGUCCCUGGUGAUUCCUUGUCUAGAUGGGAAUGUGGGAACUAUAUCACUCAUUGUUGGAUAAAGGUCUAUUCUGAUUGAUCGUCUUAGAACUCAGUGGGACACCAGUUGGUGAACCAAGUUUCUCUGUUCUAAAAGAUUCAAAGACUGCUUACUCCAACAAAUAGCCUGCCUUGCUAUAUAUUUGUCCCAGGAUACACCAGGCAUUCAUCCCUACCAUCAGCAGAAAUGGAGGCUUAAUAUCACCACUAACUUGUCCAUCCUGGAGAACCUUGGGAUUCCAAUGUGAUAGCAGGGGACCUUCCUGGGGCUGGGACUGCCUACACAGGACUUUCCUUGCUUACUGCACAACCACUAACUUUUGCUGGAGAACUCCAGUACUGUUCAAUCAGCUUACCACAUUAGAUUUGGCUCCCAUGGAAGGGGAGAUACACAUAGAGCCUUCUCUGUAAACUGUUAACUGUGUUGUUGCCUCCAGCAUCUUCUGUCCCCAUGCAGGUGCUGAGUCAAAUCUGAAUGCAGGACGAUUUACAUACUGCCUCUCACUGUGUCCUCCUCACCUGAAGCCUUAAAUUCCCUGAGCAUUUGCCAGGGAAUGCUUGGUUCCAGCACCAGAGUAUGUGCAUAUUAGAAUUUGAGGUGGGGUUCACCCAGGGUAGGGGUGGAGGGUGGGGGGUUGGUCCUUUUUUGUUUAUAGGACUUCAUUAAUCGGUUCCCAGAAUUUUUCCCCCCUCUCUCCAAAAACACAUAGCAACUAUUUUAAUUUUUAAAGAAAAGUCUCUGCCAAAGUUGCAUCCUAGCCAACUGUUGGGUUGGGCCCAGCAAAUGGCUUCAAGUAUGUGAACCACACUUGGGCCUCUUGGGGCUUGGCAUUUUAAGCUCCUCACUGUGUCAGAGGGAGGAAUAGAGCUUGGCAAAUAGAGGUUCUUUCUGCCCUUAAGUAUAGUUGAUCUUUAAAAGGAAAAAAAAUAAUUCUAGCUUUCCGAGUAACAGGGGAAAAAUGGUCUUCAAAAUUCCUGAGCUAGGGUCUUGCUUUUUUGGCCAAGUGUGCUUGAUGGAGCAGCAGUAAAGGAAUGAUGUAAGCUUUUCUACUGACCAUCUGGUCCCCUUUUCACAGUGGGAACUCCUCAAAAUCUGACUGACAACCUAGCCAUUCUCUUCCUAGUAAGAAACUGAGGCUGGAUUAGCAUGAUGUAGAAAGUAAACUUAAAAAAAAAAAGAUUGAUUUAAGUUUGCUUUGAAUUAAGCUUCUUGAGUCAGAGGACUGGGUACCCAGACAUAUGACUUUAUUUUCUUUUGAGGAGGUAAUUGCCAUUUUGUCCAAAUCAACUCUUUCCCAAGUUUAUGUGUGUGUGUGCAUGCAAGAUUCUCUUUAAAGUUCUGAUAUUUAGACAUUAAACUGUCCCUACCAUAUCUAGUGUUCAGGCUAGGGCUAGGUUUUCACUAAUUUGCAGCUUAGUAAAAAUUUCAUAAAUGCUUUAAAAAGUCUCAAUAGCACAACCCCUUGAAGAUAAUUCUUUUUCUAAAUUAAAGGAAACCAGGGAGAGAUUAUUUGAGUUUUUUUUUUUUUAUUGAGAGGCAGCAAAAUACAGUGGAAUGGACAGUCAGUUGGCCAUGAGCUAAUUACUUGCCCUUUAACAAAUUCAUUAACCUACUAGGGCCUUAGUUUCUAUAUUUGUAAAAUGGGCUCAUAACGCUGCCUUUGUCCACCUCACAGGGUUGUUAUGACAAAAAACAUAUAUAUAAUGUUCUAUACAUAAAAGUUCUUUAUGAGCUGCAAAAAUGCUAUAUAAUUGCAAAGCAUUAUUACUAUUUUUUUACCUACUUUGGACAGGUAUUGUGAAGAAAUAAUGGAAAGCUUAAGGGGAAGAUUCCUAUGGCUCUUUAGUCUUGCCAAUCACAUCAAAUAUCAGGGAGUUACAGGAGGCCAGAGGCCAUGUCAUUCCUUAAAAGUAGACUAUGAAUCACUAUGAGAUGGUUUGGGUUUUUUUAACCCUUUGUACUAAACUCAAGUUCAUAGGGAAUAUCUUUAAUUCUCCCGUGUUAGUCAGUGAUAUUCCACUCCCAAAGAGAGGAAAAUUCAGAUUUGGGGUUGCCAUAUACUCUUCCUAGACAUCAAAACAGAUAUUUUAUUUAAAAAAAAAAAAACCAAGCUUUUCCACUGAAGAGUGCACAGAUCGAGUUCCUCCCAACAUUCUUUCCCCUCGGGAUUCAGCUCAAGGAUUAAGAAUGAUGCUUUGGGUGACAGUGUCUUUUUUAUUUCCCUCAAGCAGGAUGGAAAGCUGUGUGACCCUUCUCAGAAUAGCAGGGUUUCCCUUGUCUUUCCCCCAGGCCACCCUCCCCUCUCCAAUCCCCCACUGCCCCGCUGCAAGUUUCUCCCUUUGGGAUGCUGGGAGUCCUAGAUACAUUGGGAGCAGCUGGUAGAACAUGAGGCAGUCUUGUCAGUCAACCUCCAGGGGCUUUCCAGCCUCCAUCCUGACAGCACAACCUCAGGUCUUGUCUGUGGUUAGAUGCUUUUCCCUUUCUUUAAUACGCAUUUUCAAAAAGACAAAUUCUUACUGACAACUUGUACUUGGUCAUGUUUUGUAUUAACAACAACCUUUAAUAAAGUCAUUUUAAAUAGA